AUGUCUGUGAGGGAAAACCUCGCAAAUCUUGGUAGGAACCCGAUGUUCUUGGCUCGUUUUCCCAAAACCUCUUGGGACUAUCUACCCCCCGGCAAUAGAUUUUCCACAAUCUAUAUUUCAGCAAACUCAAAGUCCAAAAAGACUUAUCCGAGCCUACCAGUGAGUCUUCGAGAACUCACCAGAAAAAAAAGGAGGGGACUGACGAUAGCCUUCCAAGGACCCCAAGAAAGAAUCCGGCAAGGAAGCAAAACCCAUUCGGCCAGACAUGACUACAUAAUGAACACCGUGCCCCACAGUAUUCAUUCUCCCUGGCUUAAGCACAAAACUCAAGCUACAAAGACCCAGAACCCAGCCAACCAGACCAGACAAGCCAACAGGACCACCGUGGCCCCAAAAACGACCCAGAAUCAAGGACUCCGGAAGCCCUACUCGUACAGAAACCACCACUCACAGAUCUCGGCCUCAGACCUGAGAGGAAGUCAACAAGAACCCUACGAACAAAAGGUUCAAGCCAACCCUACAGCAGUGCAAGCACCACCCUCGAAUGUAUACAAACGGCAAAUACCAGAGGCAAACAGGAUUGAAAACCAGUCUAGUACCACCACAGGUUACACUCAUUUGUAG